AUGGCCUCUACUACAUCCAGCCAUCCGUUGCCCAGCGGCUGCGGGAUAUUCACCACAAUACCUGAUCUUCUCUUCAUCCCAGAGUUUGUGUUUGGUGGCCUGGUGUGGACCCUGGUGGCCUCCACAAAGGUGCUGAUACAGAACCCUCAGGGCUGGGUGAUGUUUGUUUCCAUCUUCUGCUUUGUCGUCACGACCCUCUGGUUCAUCAUCUUCAUCAGUGGAAUGAACCAAAAGGGGUCCUUUUGGCCAACACUGGAUGUGGCUUACCAUGCCAUUGCCACCACACUCUAUCUCAGCGCAUCUGUGGCACAAGCAUAUGUCACCAUUCAGCUGAAAGACUUACCUCCUCUCACGAAGUACUACCACGAAGAUAUUGCAGCAGUGGUGAUGGCAUACGCUGUGACCUUGCUGUAUGCUGUGCAUACCAUCUUCUCAGCCAUCCGAUGGAAAUCAUGCUGA